GCGACAGUGACCUUGAAAUUCAACAAUGGAAAAUCAACACAUUUCCAACCACGAUAAAGCCGUAUUGACGCGGAUAUUCAAUCCCAAUUUACCCUACGGCGACACAUAUGAUGAAGAUGAACAAUUGGAAGAGGCCUUUGAGGAGGAAAUAGAGACUGCUGAAGUACUGGAGGCAAAACGUCUAGAAGUGGAGGGAGUCAAAGCUGCUGAGAGUGGCAAUGUUGACAGCGCCCUUGACCUUUUCUCCCAGGCCAUUACCAUGGCGCCCAACCACGCAUCAAGCUACAACAACAGAGCACAGGCUCUUAGGCUGAAGGGGGAUAACACUGGAGCCCUAGCUGACCUUGACAAGGCCAUACAACUAUGUGAAGGUCACGGCAAGGUCGCUUGUCAAGCCUACACCCAGAGGGGGCUUAUAAAGAGACUACAAGAGGAUGACUGUGGUGCAAAAGAGGACCUUACCCACGCUGCCCAUCUUGGCGGCCAAUUUGCCAAGCACCUGCUGGUUGCGAUGAACCCUUACGCUGCUCUGUGUAACCAGAUGCUUGCUGACGUGAUGGGCCGCCUGCGGGCAGGGGAGGAACAGAUGGACUAGAUCAUCUGAAUCACUGAGACACCUGGGUUGAUUACUGUAAAAUUAAAUUGUGAGGUCAGACCUUUUGCAUCUAUUGGUUUUACCCCAUUAUGCGAGGUUUACCAUUUCUGAUAUUGUUUCGAUAGGUUUUGCGUUUGAAACUUUAUCGUUCUAUUGUUUUUGAGAUUAUUUUUGAGUUAAUUAUUGAUCUUAAAACAGUUAAUCGUUGCAUUAAUUAAAAUCCUGAAUGUAUAAAUGUGUAUAUUUGGGUCAAAUAAAACAAAGUUUAAAACAUUUGCCAAAUUUGAAUGAUUAUUGUUGAAACAAGAAGGGGAAGGAAAUGUUACCACACCUGUCGUAGAAAACUUUUGAUUACCUCCCUUCUCUGGCAAAAGAUUUCCUAACCAAUUUCUUUUUUUAUUCCAAACUAAAAAUUAGGAUGCCAAUAAUGUGAAACAAUUUAGUUUUUUUGUUCAUGAAUAUGCACAUUGUUUAUGAAUAUGCACAUUGUUCUGUUAUAUAUUCUCUCAGAGAACUUCAGUUGCUUCCCUUGUAUCUUUAGAAAUAUUUAAGUGCACCCCUAAUGAAAAUCUUCAUUUGAAACUCUUCAAUUUUAAUGCUUUAAAGCCUUUUAGCACAGGGCAACAAAUCAAAUUGUUAUUUGGCGGUAUAUUUCAAUUAUAUUUUGUUUUAAAUCCAGAAAAUAAUACACAUUAAGCAAAUUAUCAAGCUGUUUGAAAUGAUGCCGACCUUAAUCGAAGAAAAUUAAUAUUAUUAUGAGAUUUCAUUUCUGAAUUGUCGAAAUAUUGAACCAUUAUGUUUAAAUUGAUAUACACUGUGUAGCAUGUAUAAACCUAAAUUAUUAUGUUGGUGACAGUAUUAAAGCUGCACUCUCACAGGUUCACAGUUUCGACAUUUGUUUUAUUUUUUGACUCAGAAACAGCUGAUUGACUUGCAUUAAUUCCUUCGAUGAAGUCAUAUAAUAUAACACACAAUAGAACAGAUCUCAAUUGUCUAGAAAACAUCCUAACCAGCCCAAAAUUUCAUUUUUCCUAAAUUUGAUUAAACAUAAAUUUCAAUCAGAAAUAUGAAAAGCUGGGAUCUGAUAUUUUACGCAGUAAUGUAUAUCACUGGUUUCCAGGCAAUUUCACAGAAGUUGGCUCAUUCCAGGACAAAAUAUAAGAAAAAGGUCAAAUCUGUCAAUCUGCGGCUUUAACAUACAGUUAGAAGCUAAAUCAUCUCCAUUUUAGUUUUUGCUGGUAAAUAUAUCGGUGCUUAGAUAAUGCCAGAUUUAAUUGUGAACCUUUUAAAAGACUCAAAUAAAAUGUUAUCUUUGAAAAUUGUAUUUUAUUGGGUGUCUUUUAAAAAAUGAUGAACAUUUUUGUGAUAUUUAAAAAAGAGUGAUUUAAUAAUAUUCAUUUAAAGUAUUGUUUACCUUACUUUGUUACAUUCAAGUUGUUUUCUGGUUGUGACUCAUUAUAUCUGAGCUGCAUCGCGUGAAUUUGGCCUUCAGAAUGAUUAUUACAAAUGAAAUAAUCAAAGGUAAUGAUUUUUUUCGCUGUCUUAAUUUUUUCCAAACUUCUUUCCUUAAUGUUUUAAAUGAUUUGUGCAUGAUUUUCUUGAUGAUUUAUGACCAGUACUUAACUUGUGUUUCUAUAGCAACCAUGGCUUUGGACUCAUUUUGAAAAAAAAGAAAUACUAAAAUGAAUAAUCAAACUUAAUCCUGUUUUAGAAUAAAAACUAAAAAUUAAAAUAAUAAGCUAGUUGGAAUAUUGAUACAUUAAUUAUGGGAGAGUUUCAGUAUUGCUGAACUAUCCUGUAACUUGAAUAUUAAAUGUAUGCACAAAGGCCCAAAAUCUCACGAUGUGGUGAAUAUCUAUAUCUAUAUACAGGGGCGCAGCCAGGGUUACGCACUUACGUAUGUGCAUUACAUCAAUUUGAAAAAUGAAAAAAUAAAUAUGGUCAAAAAUGGCAUCAAAGUCGAGCGCUAAGCUAAAUAUUGAUGUCAGAAUAAAGGGGAAGAUCAGCUAUAGUAAGCAUUGUUUCUCUGUGCUGGAUAGCUUACUGAGACUAAAUCAAUCACUUGGUGACUACAAAGUCGGCGGCCUCAACAUGUUAGUUCCAUUUUCCAUAUGUUUUUUCUGGGGAGCCCCCCUUCGGCUACAGGGAUAUUCCCCUUCCCACACCCUUCCCCUUUCGUGCGUAACAUUCAGUAAAGCCUGGCUACUCCCCUGUUAUAUAUAUAGGAUAAUUUUUUGUUUUAGGGUUAUGUAUUUCAUCCAGUGAGCACAAGAGCUAUAUUUUAUGAGUGGGGUAGCACAGUGUAAUAUAUUGCAACCUUACACUGAGUCAAAAACACUUAUUUUAUGGCUAAAAAGGUUAUAAAAUGACAUUUUUUAAUCAUAUUUUUUCAGAAAAAUUGCUAAAUUGUUUGUGAACAAAACAUAAUUUUGUGAAUGGUGUUGUUGAAAUUGUGUCCCAGUCCUGAAGUUUGAUUUUGAACUGAGAGCUGGCUCAAAUUUUAAUUCAGUGAUAUUUUCACUGUUUAAAAGGGUGAAGUAUAAUUUUUAUUUCACUGAUAAAUCUCUAUUAACCACUGGAAAGCAUAUGUACAUGUAAUUAAAUUGUGUGUUGUGGGUCAAGUCAUGGACAUUUGUCUGUGGUCUAGUCUAGCUAAAAGUAUUGAAUGAUGUUUUUCAGUCUAGUUAUAAUUAUUUACAUAUUUGAAUCUCUGUUGCUCAACUGAAACUCAAAAUGUGAUAUUUUUCGUAAUAUAUUUCACUGAAUUAAAAUUGUUUAUUCGAUAUUUUUACAUAUAAUAUUGAUUGUCAGUGUUACGAUGUACAUACUGUUUCUAGUUUAUUGCUUUGAAUACAUUUAGUAUUGGGACCAUUCAUUUUGCUCAAUAAUUUAGGAAGUAGGAAGUCAAUGAACUAAAUAUAAAUUAAAUUUGAAAAAAUAAUCAAAAGAGGUCUAAGCCGCUUAACCCUGCUUUGGUCAUGAACUGCCCCUGGGGAACUUCUCAGGGUUGACAACUAUCAUCGGUUAGAACCCAUGUUAAUUCAAAAACUCAUUGUUUAAAGAUGCACUCUUACUCCCAAAUAGGGUUUACCACAAUAAAUGAUAUUGUUUUAAUAUUCCAAAAUGAAUGUUAAAAUGUCCAAAAACAGUGGUUCUUAUGAAGGAUACCGAGUUCAUUUGAAAGAAAUGAGCAUAAAACACGGUACCGGUAUUUAUACCCUAUGUUUCUAUAGUAGACCACAGUAAAUCUUUUAGCAUUUACCAAUAAUUUAAUAUAUUUGUGCUUUCUGCUAUCAAAAUUAAUCCAAGUUUACUAUCUUGUUGUCAGUAAUAAAUAUUUUCCAUAAAUGCAUUAUUUAGUAAGUAGUUCAAGGUUAGUCAGGCAAAUUGAUGUUUGUUAUGCAUGUGCAUGCACAGGCGCAAGUCAAUGCAAUAAAAACUCGGCCUAUAUAUGUUUAUUAAGAUAUCUUAUUAUAGUAUAUAGCCCAUAUAGAACAUUAAAAAAAGUUUGUGUCAAGUACCUGUGUGUGCAUGUAUUGAUUUUGAAUUUAACAAUGUCACUUUAAUGAUGUCUUUAUUAUAAAUACACCUGUUAUGUUAUUUCAAUGUUUUGCCAAUGAGGCAUUUAUCAACAUAAGGGACUUAUAAAAUGUUGUUUCUGAUGAAAAUACUGAUAAUACUAUUCCAUGAACAAAUAUACCAUUAUUAUAAUUUUUAUGGACAAAAUCUCACCCAUUUGAAAUUAUUAUAAUUUGAUAUGUACUUGAUAUUUUGUAUAUAUUUUUUUAUUUUUUCUUACUUUUUACAACAUUUUUACUAACGAACUAAGUAAAAGAUACUUAAAAUGCAUUUACAAUUGGGGAGGUAUUUUUUCGUUUUUCUAGUAUGAAAAGUUUUGUCAUUGGGGGCGAUUCUUAAACAUGUAUAUAUCUUCACAUGUUUUUGCAUGUUACUCAUAAGUAAGGUUAACCAUUGUUUACAUGAAUGUACAUGUUUGUAUAUAAACAAUAUGAUUGUUCGAUAAGUCACUGAUCUGCACAGUCACUGAUCUGCACGCAGUUCAUGAUGUUUUGAAUAUUAUUCAAGGUUUUUUGCAUGCUACUUUAAUAGACGAACUGAAACACUCCAACAGUUUCCAAGUAAGUGAGAAAUACGUCAUUGAUGUAUUAUCACUUAUAUUCAAAGGAUUGAUUUGUCAAGCUUGUUUUUCAUUUACCUCUGAAUCAUUCCUUGAAAAAAAACGUAUAAUAUAUUACUCACUUUUCAGGUAUAUGACCUUUAUACAUUAUAUUUUAAUACAAAUAUUAUAUAUUAUGUAAAUAGAUGUUAUAUGUUAUGCAUGCUUUCAUUUGCUCAAUAAACUGUAUUCUUGG